AUGUCGAAUCAAACGGACCUUGUAUCCGUGAUCCCACCACCACCAGGUGUGACGGUCGACUUCGACCAUCCGCGGCAACAGAAGGUACUUGAGCAUUACCUGAUUUUUGGGAUCGGCGGCACGAUCGCGUUCAUUGCUCUAUGCCAGAGGUUCUACACCAAAAUAUUCCUCUCGAAAGGCUUGCAAGUUGACGAUGCUUUCAUGUUUCUGGGAUGGGCUGCGUCUGUGGUCACACAAGCCAUGCUUGUUGCCUCGAUAGCUGAGGGGGGCAUGUGUGCUCAUGCUUGGGAGAUGCCCCUGUCUAGAUUCGAGCGAUACUCCGUGACGGUAUACGUGACUGCGCCAGUCUUCAUGCUUUGCAACGGUUUCACAAAGCUGUCUCUACUCACGUUCUACCUACAUUUGUCACCGCAAAAAUGGUUUCGUACUUUCGAUUUCACCAUCACCGACGGCAGCUGCUUGGAUGUCGGUGUUCUUUACAUCGCGACGGCCGUGUCCAACAUCAUCACGGAUGUUAUGCUGUUCAUUUUGCCGUUGCCGAUGAUCUUCAACUUGCGUAUGAAGAUGGCUCAGAAGAUUGGUGCCAUGCUCAUAUUUGCGGUUGGGUCCAUCACCAUCGCAACAUCAAUUACUCGACUGGUUCUUCUUCCAGCCUUGCUCACCAGCACGGAUCCUUCCUGGGACGCCGCCCCAGCAAAUAUCUGGACAUUCAUCGAAGGCAAUCUCUUCGUCAUCUGCGGUUCAAUGCCGACAUUACGGAAGUUCUUCAAGCAUUUCGCUCCCAAGCUCAUGGGAUCUUCAUCGAACCCUUCCUCGUACGGCGCGGCGUACCACGUAUCCGCAUACGCGAAUCAGCAGUCGAACAUCGCGAAGAGCCGACACCGAGCUCACUACGAGCAAUUCUCGGACGAAAACGAGAUGCAUACGUUCCACUCGGAUCGCAAACGCACAGAAGAAGAUAUGGAAUCCGGUUUCACGUCGGUGGUGGUUGCGGGCGGUGGAAGAGAGAGUGCCGACGACAUGAGUGACAAGGCGAUAUUGCAGACCAAGACAGUCACGGUCCAACGCGAGUAA